UUUAGCGAAGAUUUUUAUUCAAAGUUGCUAAGAUUCCGUGACCGAGAAGCUUCGGGCUCGCUCCUCGCUUUACCCUGCAACGGAGUCGAGCAGACUGCGACAACACAAUCCAAGCUCGAGCGUGUCGCGCAAACAAACCAUCACCCAUCAUUUCUCUCAGUACUCACUCUGAUCGCUCCAUUUUUAUUUUUCUUCCACUUCUUCUUCUCUUGCUUUGUAUUUGGCUACUUGCUUGAAGCCUUGAACCUUCUCUCAGGCAAUUAAUUGCGGUGUGGAGUGUCUAUAUACCGACGGUUCACUCGGCGAUGCGUCCUUCGCCUCCGGACAAAAGCAGACCAUCAAGAGCUCCACCUGCAGCUGCCGCUAAGGAACUCUCACAUCCGACAUCACAACCGGCCGUACGCGCAACGACAAAAGACAAACGAGUUAAAUAUAAAGCAUGGGAAUCGACUCAUGGAGCAAAGGCUGCCAUGCACGCGCUUGCCCUCAUCAGGGCUGCUUGCACUGGAGAGGUGCUUCUUUGUUCGGAGGAAGAACCGGAGGGAGGGAGGGAUCAUAUGAUCAAAUGGGGAGAGGGAGAACGGAGAUAAAGAGGAUCGAGAACCCCAACCAGAGGCAGUCCACUUUCUAUAAAAGAAGGGAUGGCCUGUUCAAGAAAGCAAGGGAGCUCUCUGUCCUCUGCGACGCCGACCUCCUCCUCCUCCUCUUUUCCUCUUCCGGCAAGCUCUAUCAGUAUCACUCCCCCUCUGUUCCCAGUGCCAAGGAGCUGAUAGAAAGGUAUGAGUUGGCUACCCAAACAAAGAUUUGGAGAGACUAUGUCGUGGACCGCAAUGCGGAGAUUGUGAAGGUGGAGCAACUGUGUGACGCUUUAGAAAAGCAACUCAGGUUCAUGAAGGUCGACGAGGGACAAGAGUACUCUCUGCCUGAUUUGAGCAAUGUGGAGCACAGCUUGGAGAUGGCCAUCAGCAAGGUUCGAGUUGAGAUGGAGAGGAAAAUAGGAGGGCAGAUGAACAAGCUGGAAAGCAUGGUAAGAGAUCGGCAACAAGAAAGAUACGGACUCUGUGAUAAGCUUGCAAGUGUGCAGACACUUAAAGGGAUAGAAGCAAAUGGAUAUGCCUCAUCGACCCCAAGACUGGAACUGAGAUUGGGUCUAAACUAAUCGACGUUUUGGAGGCAAAUUGAUUUUAUUCUGGCUUCCUAGUUUGAUGGAGGAAAACACAAUGAAUUCCUUGAAUUAACUAAUGCUGUAUUGCCUAAUCUGUUUUCUGUUAUUAAAGUUGUGAUUUGGGGAAGUUUGUAUUUACUUUUAUGCUCAGCUUUCGAUCAUGGAGCUCUAGACUA